GAUCCCGAGCUGGACGCCCGGCGGAGAGUCGCCACCUUCAAGUACGAGGCGAGGCCGCUCACCACGCAACACUACGACCCGGCUACCGCUGAUUGCAGACCGUGUUCCGAUUCCGAACUUGAACUGGCAUUCUGCACAAGUGAUCUAGUGUCGCGGGUGAUGAUAGUGGGCAGCGAGCAAAGGGAGGAGCUGGACACCACUCAGCUGACGCUGCGCCUCACGCGGCUACUGCGCGCCUCCGCCCCCGCCGACUCUGCCGACCCCGCACCAACACACACCUUACACGCUCCCGAUCUCACACAAGACGAAUAUUAUAGGUAUGACGGUGACAAUACAUUGCAGUCAGAGAAGUCUCAACAAGCGUUGCACGCGCACGUGCACGUGUGGUCCGGCUGCGGCGCGUCCGCGGGCGGAGGCGAGUUUGUUGCGAUGGCGCGCCGCCGCCUCGGCCGCCUGGCGCUUGUGUGCGCGCCGCGCCUGCAGCACUGGCGCCGUCUCGUGGAGCUGCGCAAGAACGCGAACGAUGCGCACUGCACGUUACACUCAUAGCUGUGACUUAUGACGUCACAACUCUGUGUAAUACCAAGCUUGGUAUUCUUGCCACAUGUGGAUUUCAGCCCAUAGACAAAGUAACAUUUGAUUAUCGCUAACGCUGAUCGGAAAGUCAUAAAUGUAUGAAAGAGACAAAUUCCUAUACAUUUUGGCACAUCUUGUCGAUUUUACAAGGGACAUCGCUAAUCGAAUGUCACUUUUUCUAGGGAGACAGAUGACACGAUCACUGCAACACUCUUAUGACGUCAUAGCUGCAAUGCAAUACUUGACGCGUGUUCUGCGUGACGCAAUCAAACUGAACUUCUGACGUCAUAAUCGAGCUGCAUGCAGUCAAAUAAACAAACAUCACAAUUUGUACUCUUUCGUUUUUCACUGUGUAAUGACGUCAUUCGUUCAUACAAAAAGUGAUAGUUGGAUAUAUGUUUAACGUAAUCCUGACGAACAAGUAAAAAAGAAAUAGUUUUUAUAAUGUUUUAUAAAAAUAGUCAUUGUAUGAACUAUUUUCAGUAAUAUAAAUAAUAUUGUAGCGAUAACUUAGUGCUAGUUGUUACCGCUACUUUUAAUUUUGUCAAAUGUACAUUUUUACAAUAUUUUCCUUGAUUCGAUACUGGCUUUUGUCUAUAUUACAAAAAAAUAAUCAUUCUUAGUUUAAGUGAAAAAUGUAAAUAAUUAUUUUCCUAUAUUGAAAACUAUUUAAUAACAGUGAUUAAAAUUGUCUUCAGAUCUUGUUAUCUGAUUUUAAAAACAUCACACGAAAUGUCUAAUGUAUACUUGCCAUAUCAUGUGUAUAAAAUAUAUUAUAUUGUAUAAAUAAGAGAUAUAUUUAGUAAAAUGCUCAUAUUUUGAGCUUGUGGUCCAGAGUGCCAAAAUAAUUAAGAUCUUGUAAACAUGAAGUUGAUCUCAACAUUGUAAAUAUUAAAAAUAAGAUCAAAAUAUAGACAUAUUGAAUAGCAUUUUAAGAGUUAAUGAAUAAUUGUUUCAUAACUAUCUGCUAAUUUUACUAAUAUGUUAUAUUGUAAAUAAACACAAAAGCUGCGAAUACACUUUCCAUAAUAGUGCUUCCAAUACAAAUUAUAUACUGUUCAAAUUAUAAUACAAAUGUUGAUAAAAUAUUAUAUUAUAUAGCGUUUACGAUUUCAAUUAAAUCUCUAUCUUUAUAAAUAUAACCUGUGCAUAUAUUUUAUUAAUAUUAAUAUAUUUGUACAAAAUAUUUUAUUAGAAAUGUUGAUAUGUGAUAUAGAAUACAACGAUUAUAAUUUAUAACGAAAUACCUAUUGUAUAUAAACGUUUGGAAAUUAUAUUUAGGUGGAAAUUAAAAAAAAUAUUGUAUUACAUCGAACAGGACGUUUGAAUAAAGUUGUUUCAAAAU